CUAGCCACCGUCAGAAUAUCGGCUUUAUUUUCAGUAGGCUUUGGUUCGCGGUCGUCGCUCAUUUGUUCUGGUCCUCGACGAAUUACAAUAUUUGAAUUCAUUUCAUUUUGAAUGGAAGUUAUUUCUCCAAAGGAAAUCAUGGUUACUUAACCACCGGAUAAUGUUGAAUACAAACAAAAAAAACUAAGUCGCGCGUUUAUUGACAUUCAUAGAAAAAAAAGUUUUUUCUGGAUAUCCGUAAAUAAAGGGCAACUUCCCCAUGAAUGUGUUCUGUUAAAUUUAAAUGUAUGAUGAGUAAAAGUAAAAGACAUAAGUGAUGAAUGAAAAUUUGCUUGACAAUAAUGAGGAACCUGAGUUGGUUAGUUACAGCUUGGAUUUCCUAGAACAAAAUGGAUAAACACAAAGACAUCCACGAGGAAAUGGUGGACUUUCAUCCGAUACUACCGCUUAAUAGUGUUCUGUAACCAAUAAACUGUGAAAGACACGUUAGUGUGCUCAAUAAUUUAGUGCAUCCAUAUAUUGAGGCAGCAGACGUCUAGGAAAAUGCCAGGAUUGAUUGUGUUCAGGAGACGCUGGAGCGUAGGUUCUGACGAUCUCGUGGUUCCAGGGGCGUUUCUCUUCACCACCCAUUUAAUAUGGACAAUAAUUUUGGGACUAGUACUAAUUUUGGUUAAGUACGACCGCAGCGUUCAAUGUGUUCUGCUCUUAUGGGGUCUAGUAGUUGGAUAUUUAGCUCUAUUAAUAGUUGCAAUGAUUAUAGAAAUAUGCGUGUGUAUAGUAGCUUUAAGAGGAAGUAUACUGGAUACUGGUCCAAGAAGUUCAAUGCAGUAUAUUUUAUAUAUAAGACUAUCUGUGAUGAUCAUCGAGGCUGGCUGGCUCUCAGCUGGAGUAGCUUGGUUGAUGAAUUAUUAUGUCGACUGCCCUGUUGACAACGCUAAAGAGACUGUAUUAGCAAUGGUGGUGUUCAACUGGUGCAUCUUAUUAUCAGUAUUAAUAACUGUGUGGUGUUGUUAUGACACUGCAGGAAGAUCCUGGGUGAAAAUGAAAAAAUAUCAAAGGUCAAUGAGGGAAUCUGAAUCGAAAUUUCAAUACAAGAGAUCGGGCAGUACAAGAAACUGGAGACAGAGUUUUGUUGAAAGCGGAACCAAAAAGUGUGAAUGCUGUGAAAAACAUGCCUUAACUUCAAUAGUUCUUCAUCGUUGUGACGUACCAUUUUUUGUUAUUUCGCGAAUGAAAGUUCUGAGGGCUUACCAAGAUAGCUGGCAUAAUAGAUGUCGAUUUUUGUUUUGUUGCUCUGCUCCUUCAGAUCGCAAUCGUAAUUCCUUUGCCGAUAUCGCUCGAUUGCUCUCAGAUUUCUUUCGCGACUUGGAUGUGGUGCCGUCUGACGUUAUCGUUGGACUCGUUUUGUUGAGAAAAUUCCAGAAAAUUGAAAGAAAAGCUAUUGUCGAACAGAGAAAAAAUGACACUUACGAGUUCUUGUCAGGUGUUGCCAUUACUCCACGGACGCAAUUUCUUUCGCUCCACGAGGACGGCAACGAUUUAGAACUUUUUCAAACUGUCAUACAUUAUGCCCACUAUGCUGUGAGAGCUUACGGAUGGCCCGUUUACGUCAUGAUGAAUAAAACUGGAGUCUGCCGCUUGUGUACCGGAUUGCAGUGCUGUUGCAUUCCCUGUCGUAAACGUUCAGAAGACGACGCCGAAGUGGUAGAAGAUAACUGUUGUCAGUGCAACUUUGCAGCUUUGCAGAAACUAACCAAACUCGGUGAUAUAGAGAUUAUUUAUGCUACUUACCACGUUGAUGUGGGAGAGACACCCUUUUUUGUUGCGCUGGAUUAUGAUAGAAAGAAGAUUGUUAUAAGCGUUCGAGGAACUCUGUCUAUGAAGGAUAUCCUGACGGACUUAAACGCUGAAAGUGAGACGAUACCAUUACAUCCGCCUAGGGAGGAAUGGACCGGCCAUAAAGGAAUGGUUCAAGCGGCCCAAUAUAUUUUAGAAAAAAUAGAACAAGAACAGUUGCUGGAACGUGCUAGAUCCCGAAGGCCUGAGAGAGGAACAAAAGACUUUGAUAUUAUUAUAGUAGGACAUUCUUUAGGAGCAGGUACAGCAAGCAUUCUGGGAAUCCUAAUGCGUCAGGCGUAUUCCUCCUUGCAAUGUUUUUGUUAUUCACCUCCAGGGGGUUUACUGUCUGCCUCUGUAGUAGAAUACACCAAAGAAUUUACCGUGUCAGUAGUUGUAGGCAAAGAUGUAGUUCCUAGAAUAGGGCUUCACCAAAUGGAGACCCUUAGAACAGACUUAAUUAAUGCUAUCAAGCGCAGUGUAGAUCCAAAAUGGAAGACCAUAACUUGCAGCAUAAUAUGCUGCGGGUGUUCGCAACCAACAUCAGCAGUUGAAAUGUCAACUGGCGAAACAGAAGUUUCCGAAUACAUGAGAAGCAAACAUAACGCUAGGUGUAUGGGCAUUCAUCCCUCAGAUAGCACGAUAGCUCUAACUAGUCAUCAACCGCUUUAUCCACCAGGAAGAAUAAUUCAUGUCGUUAGACAUCAUCCUACUAGUGGACAACAAGCUUUAUCAUCGAAGGAGCCAGUUUAUCAGGCUCUUUGGGCCUCCAACACCGACUUUGACGAAGUACUCAUUUCACCGGUGAUGAUACAGGACCACAUGCCAGACAAGGUGCUCGAAGCUUUAAACAAGUGUGUGACAGGUGGACAAGAACCCUCAUCACCAUCCUCAGGAUCUAGAAAGGGCCGAAGUGUCGGCAUCCGAUCUCAGGCCUCCGCCUUCAGACAUAAGGUUGUAACUACAACGGGUCCAAAGAAACCACAUCGAUCGUCAUCAACGACAGAUUCCACUACCAAUUACCUUUCUGCGUCGUCUAAUCCGAAUUUAUUUUUAGAAACUAGUUUUACGUCUUUACAAAGUCCUUCUAGUAAUUCCUCGUUUACAAACGGAUACUUUUCUACUAAAAGUCACCCGUCUCCCAUGUCGUUUCGUAAGCCAUUAUCUGGAUUCAAUAUUUCGAUAAGGAGCAAUCAGUCAGAUUAUUCUUUUAAGAGCCAACAAGUGUCUUUGACAAAGCACGAAGAACCACCGUCUAUAACAAAAAGUUUAAGUUUAAAUUUAGUUCCAAAAGUAGACUUAAUAUAUGAUGACUGGUUGGGAUUAGCUCCAUUGGCAAGUCCAGAAAGUUUGUCAGAACUUUCAAGUAUUAGUUCAAGAGCCAGCUUAGUUGCUACAAGUGUUGUGGUUGAUAUCUGUGCAACACCGAAGGUGAUGAGACGAACUCCAAAAAUAAUAGGAAAUUUAAGCACGUGCGCAGAUGACAUACGCAACAUACGAAGUUUCGAGCAAUGUAAAAUAUUUCCUAGAUUAAUUGUAAAUAAUAACAACCUGGAGAGCUCUUCGAGUAGUAACCUUAGUUUUGAGUCAGCUUCAAGCGGUAAUAAAUGUUGUCGUGAAACACCAAAACAGGGAAAGGAAAAUUGUCAAAAAGCUACCUUAGAAGUAACACCAUUCAGAGAUGGACGAAAUUCAAGUGGCAGCGAAUUUCAAUCGGCAGAAGAUAUUCUAGACAACGUUUUGGCAAGUGCCGGCUGCAAAGAAUUUUUUAACUCAGACUCGAAUAUUUUAGAAAUGCAUGCAGAUCUACUCGUGGAAGGAAGUCCUCCAUCCGAAUAUUUUGCACGAUCACCCACAACACCCGUCUAUCCACAGUUGCUGUCCCCAACUUCCCCUCAAGAAAUCGAUCCAGACAUCAUAUCAAACCUCGCCAUUGAUCUCAGCAUGGACGACGAGCAUCGGUCCAUACAAUUCCAUCCAAGCAGCAAACCAAGUUCAUCUGUAGACUCGGGUAGCGUUUGUAGAACCCCUUCAGAUACCACCAAGAAUGUCACCUUCAAUCCCCAAGUAAUCACGGUCGAUACAAUUCGCGAAAUAAAUUACUCACCUCCUGUAAGAUGGCGCUUAUUCAGGGGUAGAAAUAAGAAGCAAGUGGAGUUACCUAAACUACCACCCAUUGCUACGACUGUAAGUUCCGCGAUGCCCAUUAAAACAAUCUUAUCGAAAGGUAAAAGAACAGAUCCGGAAGAAAAAGUGAGUGAUGUACCGUCCAGUGAGGAACAGUUAUAUAGGGUGGAUUACAAUGAUUGUGAUGCCGUACGUGAUGGGUUCACAUAA